AUGAAAAUGCAGAGAUAGAGUUGUAGAGAGAGAGAGAGAGAGAGAGAGAGAGAGAUAGAGAGAGAAAGGGAAAGGAGAUCUGAGUCGACUCGGGCAAAACUGAGUCGGGGAGCGAGUGAGAUCAACAACGUCCUUUUGAAGCUCUUCUGUCAACAUUAAUAUCAUAAACUCAUAGAGAAGCAGAAGAAGGAGGAGGAGGAAGAUCCUGACCCUUAGACUGAGAUCCCCAUCUCAGAUAGCCCCUUAUCCACCGUUCGAUUCUUCUUAUCUUCUCCUUUCUCUAUCUCUGCGAAAACCUAAAUUCGAAGAUAAUACCUAAAUAUUGUGAAAGAAUCGGAGGGAGAGAGCUUUUGAAGCCCAAUUUGUUUGCUUUUUUGAAUUUUGAUUCUCAGAUUUGAAGUUCUUAGUAGCUCAACUACUCGGUAAUGGAGCUCAGCGUCGGAUGGUGCAAGUGGGUCUCACUGGGUGAAGCUAAGCUUCCGCAAUCAUGAAGGAUUCUUGAAAAUGGAAGGGGCUUUGGCUUAGAGAAGAAAAUAGAAGUAGACCGAACAGAAUCAAAUGGAGGAUUUUUCAAAGUAUGCUCACAGUCUGGCUCAUUUGGCGGUUGCUAGGCGGGACUAUGCCGCCCUUAGGCGCAUUAUCUUGAAUCUUCCUCGGCUUGCCAAAGCCGGAGAGGUUAACACCGAAGAUGAAUCUCUUGAGGCCGAGGUUCAAGCUGACGCUGUCUCGGCUGUCAUUGACCGUCGCGAUGUUCCCGGUCGUGAGACCCCUCUGCAUCUUGCAGUACGUCUCAGGGACCCAAUUUCGGCUGAGAUAUUGAUGGGUGCUGGUGCUGAUUGGAGUCUUCAGAAUGAGAAUGGUUGGAGUGCUCUCCAAGAAGCGGUCUGCACAAGAGAGGAAACAAUUGCCAUGAUCAUUGCUCGACACUACCAACCUCUUGCUUGGGCCAAAUGGUGUAGAAGACUUCCUCGGAUUGUUGCCUCUGCAGCUCGGAUCCGUGAUUUUUACAUGGAGAUAACUUUCCAUUUCGAGAGCUCAGUUAUUCCUUUUAUUGGCCGCAUUGCGCCUUCAGAUACUUACCGCAUUUGGAAGCGUGGUUCUAAUCUCCGUGCCGAUAUGACCCUUGCUGGUUUUGAUGGUUUUCGCAUUCAAAGAUCUGAUCAAACAUUUCUGUUCCUUGGAGAAGGCUACUCUGCGGAGGAUAAUAAUCUGAAUUUGACACCUGGUACUUUAAUUGUUCUUUCUCACAAGGAGAAGGAAAUUACUAAUGCUUUGGAAGGGGCUGGUUCGCAGCCGACCGAGCAAGAAGUUGCCCAUGAAGUAGCCUUGAUGUCACAGACAAAUAUGUAUAGGCCAGGGAUUGAUGUUACCCAGGCUGAGCUUGUUCCCCACGUAAACUGGAGGAGACAGGAGAAGACUGAGAUGGUUGGAAAUUGGAAGGCCAAAGUUUACGACAUGCUUCAUGUCAUGGUUAGUGUGAAAUCGAGGCGAGUUCCUGGUGCUAUGACUGAUGAGGAGCUGUUUACCGUGGAUGAUGAAGACAAGCUGGCAAAUGGUGGUGACAAUGAUGAGUAUGAUGAUGUAUUAACCGCUGAAGAAAGAAUGCAGCUGGAUUCUGCACUUCAUAUGGGGAACUCAGAUGGUGUUUGUGAGGAUGAUGAACAUGGCGGAUUUGACAGCCACGAAAAUGGUUCUGUAGCUUCUUAUGAAAAUGGUGAGUCCAAUGGUUGUGCUAAAGAGAAGAAGAGUUGGUUUGGUUGGAAUAGAAAGAAUGCCAAGGCAAACGGUGAUGAUUCUGAAGAUCCAAAGAAUUUGAAGAAGGCCUCAAAAUUGGGUUUGGAAAAUGGCAACCAAAAAUCUAUUGAUCAUCAAAAACCCUCAUCUGAAUCAUAUAGGGAGGAUUCAAUGGAUGCCAAGAAGGGAAAAGAAAAAAGCAGUAAGAAGAAAAAGAAGAAGGGGCCCACUGGAGAGACUAAGCAUGAGAGUGAGUACAAAAAGGGUUUAAGACCUGUGUUGUGGUUGACGCCUGAUUUCCCUUUGAAGACAGAUGAGCUUCUGCCUUUACUGGACAUUUUAGCUAACAAGGUGAAGGCUGUUAGGAGACUCAGGGAGCUUUUGACUACGAAACUGCCACAUGGAACUUUUCCUGUUAAGGUCGCCAUCCCGAUUGUCCCAACCAUAAGAGUCCUUGUUACUUUUACGAAAUUCGAGGAGCUACAGCCAAUGGAGGAGUUCUCAACCCCUCUCUCAAGUCCAGCACAUUUCCAGGAUGCCAAGUCAAAGGAAUCAGAAGGCUCUUCUUCAUGGAUUUCAUGGAUGAGAGGGAGUCGUGGCGGGCAAUCCAGCGACAGUGAUAGUCACCGGUUCAAGGAUGAAGUUGAUCCUUUCCACAUUCCAUUGGACUAUACUUGGAUUGAUGCCAACGAGAAGAAACGCCGAAUGAAGGCUAAGAAAGCGAAGAGCAAGAAACAUAAAAAGCAAACGGCAGCAAGAGGUGGUGAUGGUGGGCAUCAGGUGACUGAGGAUGUGGAAGAAGAAUUGCGUUAAAGAACUUGAAUGUCCCCGUACCACUUCGAAGAGCUGACAAACGGAAAGAGGAGGUAACAAGCUCAUCAUUCUUUGUGCACAUCUGACCAUUUAUUCUUCCCUGAGUUAUGUGGCGGGCUUACAGAAAAUUAUUAGGUGAUCAAAGUGCUGGUCAUUUGGAAGAGCAAGGUUAUCUUCUUCAAUUGUUGUAUUUUUAUAUUAUGUGAUGUGAAAUUUGAGAGGAACAGGCUCCUCCCUCUUUCUUGAUAGCUUAUUUUGCGUCCUGAUUUUUCUUUCGACACGAAUCAUUGUAUGUAAGUUUUAUCAUUUUUGUGAUUGGUAUUUUUUUUUGUUUUGCUUGCCA